GGCUGGCGGAAUGGCAGGUCUUAUGACAACGUCCGGUCUAAAAAAAAUAAGCGGAGUUUUCGUCUUCAAACUCCAUGAUAGGAAACUUUCACAGUAGAGGUGAAAGUGCCUUGAACGGCACCAGAAGCUGAUGUUGUGCGUCUCGCUGAUCUUUUGUUUUUUUAACCCUCCCCUGACGGGAACAAGUCGCAGCGUGGUUGACGCUAUUUCCGGGAGAAGAGCGUGCGGCGCGGAGAACGUCGUUCGAGUCCAACAUGCCGAAGUUUUAUUGUGAUUACUGUGAUACUUACCUCACCCAUGACUCUCCAUCUGUGAGAAAAACCCAUUGUAGCGGCAGGAAGCACAAAGAGAAUGUGAAAGACUACUAUCAAAAAUGGAUGGAAGAACAAGCACAGAGCCUGAUUGAUAAAACAACGGCUGCAUUUCAACAAGGGAAAAUUCCACCCACUCCAUUUUCUGCUCCACCUCCAGGAGGAGCUAUGAUACCACCACCCCCCAAUAUCCCUGGUCCUCCACGACCUGGUAUGAUGCCAGCACCCCAUAUGGGUGGACCUCCAAUGAUGCCAAUGAUGGGUCCACCUCCCCCAGGAAUGAUGCCGGUUGGACCUGCUCCAGGAAUGAGACCGCCCAUGGGAGGACACAUGCCAAUGAUGCCAGGGCCUCCAAUGAUGAGACCUCCAUCCAGACCUAUGAUGCUGCCAACCAGACCAGGAAUGGCUCGUCCAGACAGAUAAAGUGGAGGUGGAAACACUGUGCCACGUUUUUUAAUUUUAUGUAUACUCUUCUGUGACAGAAGCUGGGAGUUGCAUCGUCCAGCAUACCACAAAAAAAGCUGGGGGGGGGGGUUUAAGUCUGCGGGCUAAAUGUAAAUGUGUAGGGGAGGACAGUGGGGACAAGUAGGAGUACUCAUUCUUUGCAACUAUUAUCAAAUCUCUGUAUGUGUGAAUUGUUAAAAUAAAAUGCUCAUAUUUGUUA